AUGAGUGAUGUCCGAGACAUUUUGGAGUUAGAGCAAGGCGCUUCUGUUCCAAGCAAAGAAGCUAUUGUUGGAGGAAACAAGGUAAUGAACGCACCUCAGGUGACGUAUAAACGUUUCUGAUUGUGGGGAUAAAUUACUAGUACUUCGUAUUAUCUUAUGCAGUGAAGAAUUGCAAGUUAUUUAAUUCUGCUGUUUGUUUUAGUUUCUCUACAAUUACACGUAAUUCAGUGAUAAUUUUAUUGAUUUUACAGGCAAGAAAGUUAAGAAGGGCAAACGAAUCAAGCUUCAAACGUCCAGAGGGAAUGCACCGAGAGCUGUAUGCUUUGUUGUACAGUGAUAGCAGGUUAGAGCCGUGA